AUGUUAUCCCGUGAGACAUUAUUGAUAAUUGGCGUUAUAUUUCACGUCAUUUACUUGUUUAGUAUAUUUGACAUAUACUUUACUUCUCCACUUGUCCAUGGCAUGACACCACAUAAAAGUCCCAUUCAUCCUCCAGCUGACAGACUGGUACUUAUUGUAGGGGAUGGAUUACGUGCAGAUAAGUUAUUUGAACUAGACGAACAAGGACAAACGAGAGCACCUUUCUUGAGAGACAUUCUACAGAAUAACGGUACUUGGGGUAUCUCUCAUACUCGUGUGCCAACUGAAUCAAGACCUGGUCAUGUCGCUAUUAUUGCUGGCUUUUAUGAGGAUGUUAGUGCUGUCACUACUGGUUGGACAUUGAAUCCUGUCAACUUUGAUUCUGUUUUUAACCAGUCUCAACAUACUUGGUCAUUUGGAUCUCCAGACAUCUUGCCCAUGUUUCAACAUGGAGCAAGUGAUAAAGAAAAGAUAGAAACCUACAUGUACCCACCAGAAUAUGAGGAUUUUGCAGGAGAGGCCUCACGAUUAGACAUUUGGGUAUUUGAUCAUGUAAAAGAACUAUUUAAGAACGCGUCAACAAAUCCUGAACUCGAUAACAUGCUACGACAAAAAAAGGUUGUAUUUUUCCUUCACCUUCUUGGAUUGGAUACCAAUGGACAUGGAUUUAGGCCUUCGUCAAAAGAAUAUUUGGAAAAUAUAAAGCUUGUGGAUAACGGCAUAAAAGAGAUGGUCAACCUGAUUGAAGACUUUUAUCAUGAUGGAAAAACUAGUUAUAUCUUUACUGCGGAUCACGGAAUGAACAACAGAGGUGCUCACGGUGAUGGACAUCCGGAUAAUACACGCACUCCCAUUGUAGCUUGGGGAGCUGGUAUUCGUCAACCGAUUCAUUCUGGCUUGGGUCAUGAUGAGUAUUCGUCCAAUUGGGGACUGUCAACCUUACAACGCGAUGAUAUACUGCAAGCGGAUAUUGCACCUUUAAUGGCUCAUCUCAUUGGCAUCGAUAUCCCAGUGAAUUCUGUAGGUGAAUUACCAUUGAGUUAUUUGAAUGCAAAUGGUUCGACAAAGGCAGAGGCUGCAUUCACCAACGCGCGUCAAAUAUUAGAACAACUCCGAGUUAAGCACAGCGAAAAGGAACAACAUGAACUUUUUUUUAGGCCUUAUCCUGGCUUGGUCGGACAGCAUGAUCCUACAUUAUUAACAUCAGAAAUCAAAAUGCUGAUAGCUGAUAAAGAUUAUGAACUUGCUGAAAAGAAAUCAAAAGAGCUGAUUGAGCUCAGUCUUCGUGGCCUUCGGUACUAUCAAACGUAUGACUGGCUCUUCCUUAGAACCAUUAUCACAAUCGGAUAUGUUGGUUGGUGUAUCUUUUGUCUAGAGUUUGUAAUUAGACACUUUGUUCUGUUUUCUAAUGAAGAAAUGUCAAGCCAUUUAAAAUACCGUAUUCUUAUCGAUUUUAUGUCUAUCAUUACGAUGGCUGCUGUAUUCGCUAUGAUUUACCUACAAAAGAUGCCAAAAAUGUAUUAUCUAUAUGUACUCUUUCCUAUUUUCUUUUGGAACCAAAUCCUAAGAAACUAUCGCUCGCUUAUUGGGGCAUUACGUCUUUGUUUACGCUCUGGAGUUACAAAGUCAUUGAUGAUGGUUAUUGGAUCCUUAUUGUUCUUGGAAGCACUCGUUGGAAGCUAUUUUCAUCGAGAAGUACUCUCGGCUAUCUUUAUCGGUCUUUCUGCUUGGCCAUGUGUAAUGCCUUCUUAUGUGCGUCAAGAAAAAGGGAAAUUGACAACUGCUUGGUCCUUAUUCUGUAUCCUUACCAGUGUUUUUACUUUACUUCCUGUUGAAAAAGGAGAAAACAUCGAACAAGUCAUUGCUGGGGGUGCUGUUGCCAUUAUAACGGGCACUUGGCUGCUAUGGAAACUCAACAAGUUGAAUAGAAUUACUAAGAAACAGAAGAUCAUUAUUUAUAUUCAACUGUGUAUGAUCGCUGGGAGCAUGGUUAUAGUGUACUCUACAUCAAUCAGUCUGAAGAAUCGUGAGGGUCUUCCGGAAUUAAACCAGAUAGCAAGCUGGUUUAUCAUUGCGAUCUCAAGUGUAUUCCCGUUUGUGUAUAGAGGAAGUUCCCAUGAUGACUAUUUGGCAAGACUACUUGUCAUCUGUUUAGCCUUUACACCCUUGAUGACACUUCUCAGUAUUUCGUAUGAACUCCUAUUUUACGUCUUCUUCUGUUCUACUGUUCUGCUUUGGAUGGAAAUCGAAAGGAGUCUUUACAAGCACAGUCGAUACUCAGUUGUUCGUGCGCUUAAGCCAAGUGAUGGAAGAGCCGCUGUCUUGUUUUUGUUCUUUGUGAACGUCGCAUUCUUUGGCACAGGCAAUGUUGCAUCUCUGAGUAGCUUCUCUUUGGAAAGCGUAUAUCGAUUUACAACUGUCUUCAACCCUUUCCUUAUGGGUGCCUUGCUUAUCCUUAAAAUACUCAUCCCAUUCUUUGUCAUCUCUUCUGUCCUUGGGAUCAUCAGUUCAAGUCUCGAUCUUCAACCUUUUACCUUAUUCUUGAUCGUCAUGAGUAUAACAGAUAUACAGACCAUCAAUUUCUUCUACUUUGUCACAGAUUAUGGAAGUUGGUUAGAAAUUGGCACAUCCAUCAGCCAUUUCUGUAUAUCUGAACUCUUUAUCAUCUUUACUAUCAUCCUUUUCUUGUUGUCUAGAACCUUGGUUGGUCAUCUUGCUUUACCCAAACUGAAAAGAAUUGUAGAUAGAAUGAAACCCAAGAGCAAAUAA